AAGCACAUGUUCUUUAAAGCCACCAGGGACUACGGCUGCCUUUGCAUUAACAGUUUCAAUGAUUAUAAUUGUCAUAACAUGACUAGUAUAAACAAGGAAUUGACUUUAGAGAUUACAACUUUGUAUAUAAUUUCUCCUUUUUCUUUUUGAUUACUAUUUCUUGAGGCUCUCUCGUCUAAGUUUCUAUUUUAUUUUUUAAAUCAUAAAACAAGUAUAUUUCAAGUAUUAAUAAACUAUAUUUAGUUCCUAUUAUGUUAUGUGGCCUUUGCUUAUAAGACAAGGUUGUAUUGAGAUUGGACAAUUUUGUGAGAGUUCUGAUUACAUUAUCAUCCACCCAUUGUGUGAGUUAAAAAAAAAAAAGUAACCAUUACAUCAGUUUCUUCAUGUGUGAAAGUAUAGGGGUCAUGUUAUAUGCUUUGUAAGAUUUUUUUUUUAUGCUAUGCAUCCCUGAGCUUGUUAAUAUUUAAAAAUUAUUCCUGGGAAGCAAGAGAAAAUGUAUUUUACUUAAAUGCCAUUUGUGAAGGGUAUUUAAAUUUUGUCUUCUCCUAUAGCUGGGUUUCUUCUGAAGCUUACUCUGAAGGAGGUGGUGGUAGGUGAUGGUGGUAGUGGGUGAUAUAGUAAUGGUGGUGGUGCUGUGAAAUGGUGGCAUUGGCAAUAGUGUUUGUUCAGCUGGUUUCACUUGCUUCUAUAAGUACUUUUAUGAGCAUUGCUUCAAAUUUUUAAAAACAAAUGUGAGUAGAACAGAUUUGACCCUUUUAAACAUCUCUUGUAGAUUAAAAGGUGCAAAGAGACUUCUGAACAUGGAGCAUAUUCAGAUCUGCUUCAGCGUCAGAAGGCAACAAUGGUUGAGAAUAGUAAACUUACAGGAAAGAUCAGUGAAUUAGAGCAUAUGAUAACUGAACUGAAGAAACAGAAGUCCCGAGCUGAGGAAGAACUUCCAAAGUUGAAGGAGGCUGCAGAAAAUGAAUUGAGAAAGCAGCAGAGAAAUGUUGAAGACAUUGCUUUGCAGAAGUUGAGAGCUGAAAGUGAAGCCAAGCAAUACCGUAGGGAACUUGAGACCAUUGUAAGAGAGAAGGAAGUUGCAGAACGGGAGCUGGAGAGGGUAAGGCAGCUCACAUUAGAGGCUGAAGCCAAAAGAGCUGCUGUGGAAGAAAACCUCCUGAAUUUUCGGAAUCAGUUAGAGGAAAACACUUUCACAAGAAGAACAUUGGAAGAUCAUCUUAAAAGGAAAGAUUCAAGUCUCAGUGACUUGGAGCAGCAAAAAACUAAGUUAAUGGAAGAAUUAAAAAGAAAGAGAGAUAAAGAAGAAGAACUUUUGAAGCUGGUAAUGCAGAUGGAGAAAGAUCUAACCUUUCAAAAGCAGAUAGCAGAGAAACAGUUGAAAGAAAAACAGAAAAUUGAAUUAGAAGCUAGAAGAAAAAUAGCUGAAAUUCAGUAUUCAUGUAGAGAAAGUACAUUGCCAAAUUGUGAUACCUUGUGCAGAGGAACAAGUCUUCAGAAGGAACUUGAUAAACAGAAAGCAGAAGAACUCAAACAACAGGUGGAUGAGUUAACAACUGCCAAUAGAAAGGCUGAAAAAGACAUGAGAGAGCUGAAGUAUGAGCUUAAUGCACUGCAGCUCGAAAAAACUUCAUCUGAGGAAAAGGCUCGAUUGCUAAAAGAAAAACUGGAUGAAACAAAUAAUACACUUAUGUGCCUAAAGUUAGAAUUGGAAAGGAAGGAUCAGGUAGAGGAAGGAUAUUCUCAACAGCUAAGAGAACUGGGUAAGCAGUUGAGCCAAACCACAGGUAAAGCUGAAGAAGUCAUUCAAGAAGCGAAUUAUCUUAAGAAAAUAAAGCAUAAUUAUGAAGUAGAACUAGAAUCUCUUCAACUGGAAAAAGGGAAAUUGCAAAGAGAAGUAGAUAGGAUCACUAGAACACAUGCUAUGACUGAGAGGAAUAUUCAGCAUUUAAAUUCACAAGUAAAUUCUUUUCAGAAUGAUAAGGAACUCUCUAAUGAAAGAUUACAAUUCUGCCAGAGAAAAUCAGAUCAUUUGAAAGAACAAUUUGAGAAAAGCCAUGAGCAGUUGCUCCAGAAUAUUAAAGCAGAAAAAGAAAAUAAUGACAAAAUCCAAAAGCUUAAUGAAGAAUUGGAGAAAAGUAAUGAGUGUGCAGAAAUGCUGAAACAAAAAGUAAAUGAACUUACUAGACAGAAUAAUGAAACCAAAUUAAUGAUGCAGAGAAUCCAGGCAGAAUCGGAAAAUGUGGUUUUAGAAAAACAAGCUAUCCAACAAAGAUGUGAGGCACUGAAGAUUCAGGCAGAUGGAUUUAAAGAUCAGUUACGCAAUACAAACGAGCACUUGCACAAACAGACAAAAACAGAACAAGAUUUCCACAGAAAAAUUAAAUGCUUAGAAGAAGAUCUAGCCAAAAGUCAGAAUUUAGUAAGUGAAUUUAAGCAAAAGUGUGAUCAGCAGAACAUCAUUAUCCAGAACACUGAGAAAGAGGUUAGAAAUCUGAGUGCUGAACUGAAUGCUUCCAAAGAGGAAAAACGACUGGGGGAGCAGAAAGUACAGCUCCAGCAAGCUCAGGUGCAGGAGCUGCAUAACAGAUUGAAAAAGAUACAAAAUGAGUUGCACUUAAAGACCAUAGAGGAGCAGAUGACCCACAGAAAGAUGGUUCUGUUUCAGGAAGAAUCUGAUAAAUUCAAACGUUCAGCAGAGGAGUUUCGGAAAAAGAUGGAAAAAUUAAUGGAUUCUAAAGUUAUCACUGAAAAUGAUAUUUCAGGCAUAAAGCUUGACUUUGUGUCUCUUCAGCAAGAAAACUGCAGAGCUCAAGAGAAUGCUAAGGUCUGUGAAACAAAUAUUCAAGAGCUUGAAAGACAGCUUCGACAGUAUCGUGAGCAAAUGCAACAAGGACAGAAUGUGGAAGCAAAUCAUUACCAGAAAUGUCGGAAACUGGAAGAUGAGCUUAUGGCCCAGAAGUGUGAAGUUGAAAAUCUGAAACAAAAAAUGGAUCAACAGGUAAAAGAACAUGAGCAUCAGUUAGUUUUGCUUCAGUGUGAAAUCCAAAAAAAGAAUGCAUCCCAAAGCUGUACUUUCAAACCAGAUUUUGAUGUGACAGGGAAGGAAUGUCAGCACUCUGGUGACUUCUCUGCUAGGAGUGCAGGACAGCUUUACCCAACAACCAGAUCUCUGCUGAAGUGGACUCAAGAGCCAAAGCAAUUGGAAGAAAAAUGGCAACAGCAGGUUACUGAACAAAUGCCAAAGGAAAUCCAAUUCUUGUCAUCAGGAGCUCCACAUGAGAAAGAGAAAAGCCAGCCAUGUUACUCUGAGUAUUUUUCUCAAACAAGCACUGAGUUGCAGAUAACUUUUGAUGAGACAAACCCUAUUACAAGAUUAUCAGAAAUAGAGAAGAUAAGAGCACAAUCUCUACACAAUUCCAGACAACCAACUAGGAAUCAAGAUGACAAACAUGAAAUGAACCUAGUGAAGCUCUUGGCACCCUUAGAGAUAGCUAAGAACAAACAGUAUGAUAUGCACACAGAAGUCACAACAUUAAAACAAGAAAAGAACCCAGUUCCCAGUGCUGAAGAAUGGAUGCUAAAAGGGUGCAGAGUAUCCAGUGGACUCAAAAGGGAUUUUCUUAAAAAGGGCUUAGAACAAGAGACCUUCCAUAGUUUCAGUGGAGAUCAGGCCUGUUCAGUUAGAGAUGAUGAAUUUAAAUUCAAAGGACUCCGCCACACCGUGACUGCCAAGCAGUUGGUUGAAGCUAAGCUUCUAGACAUGAAAACAGUUGAGCAGCUACGACUUGGUCUCAAGACUGUUGAAGAAGUUCAGAAAACUCUUAGCAAGUUUUUAACAAAACCCACCUCCGUUGCAGGACUUUAUCUAGAAUCUACAAAAGAGAAGAUGUCUUUUGCCUCAGCAGCCAACAAAAUCAUAAUAGACAAAAUGAUCGCCUUAGCAUUUUUAGAAGCACAAGCUGCAACAGGUUUUAUAAUUGAUCCCCUUUCUGGUCACACAUACUCUGUUGAAGAUGCAAUCCAUAAAGGAGUUAUUGACCCUGAGUUCAAAAAUAGACUCCUUGAGGCAGAGAAGGCAGCCUUAGGAUAUUCAUGUUCUUCUAAGACAUUGUCAGUGUUUCAAGCUAUGGAAAACAGGAUGCUUGAUAGACAGAAAGGUAAACACAUUUUGGAGGCCCAGAUUGCCAGUGGGGGUGUCAUUGACCCUGUGAGAGGCAUUCGAGUUCCUCCAGAGAUUGCUCUGCAGGAGGGAUUGUUAAAUAAUGCUAUCUUACAAUUUCUACAUGAGCCGUCCAGUAAUUCAAGAGUUUUUCCUAAUCCCAAUAACAAGCAAGCUCUGUAUUACUCAGAAUUAUUGCAGAUGUGUGUAUUUGAUGUAGAUUGUCAGUGCUUUUUGUUUCCAUAUGGGGAGAGGAAUAUUUCUACUCUCAAUGUAGUGAAAACUCAUAGGAUUUCUGUAGUAGACACUAAAAUAGGAGCAGAACUGACUGCUUAUGAGGCUUUCCAGAGAAACCUAAUUGAAAAAAGUACGUAUCUUGAACUUUCGAGGCAGCAAUAUCAGUGGAAGGAAGCCACAUUUUUUGAGUCCUAUGGGAAACCAUCACAUAUAUUGACUGAUAGUAAAACUGGAUUACAAUUUAACAUUGAUGAAGCUAUAGAACAAGGAAUAGUUGACAAAGCCUUGGUCAAAAUGUAUCAGGAGGGUCUCACCACACUUACAGAACUUGCUGAUUCUCUGCUGAGCCGGUUAGUUCCCAAGAAGGAUUUGCAGAGUCCUCUUGCAGGGUACUGGCUGACUACAAGUGGGGAAAGGAUCUCUGUCCUAAAGGCCUCCCGUAGGAAUUUGGUUGAUCGUAUUACAGCCCUCAGAUGCCUGGAAGCACAAGUCAGUACUGGUGGGAUAAUUGACCCACUUACUGGAAAAAAAUACCGAGUGGCUGAAGCUUUGCAUAGAGGCCUGAUUGAUGAAGGUUUUGCUCAGCAGCUGCGGCAGUGUGAAUUAGUAAUCACGGGGAUUGGCCAUCCAGUUACGAGUAAAGCAAUGUCAGUGGUAGAAGCUGUGAAUGCAAAUAUCAUAAGUAAGGAAAUGGGAAUCCGUUGUUUGGAGUUUCAGUACUUGACAGGGGGACUGAUAGAGCCACAGGUUCACUCACGGUUGUCAAUAGAAGAGGCUCUCCAAGUAGGUAUUAUAGAUGUCUCCAUUGCUACCAAGCUCAAAGAUCAGAAGUCGUACGUCAGAAAUAUAAUAUGCCCCCAAACAAAAAGAAAGCUGACAUAUAAAGAAGCCUUAGAAAAAGCUGAUUUUGAUUUCCACACAGGACUUAAACUCUUAGAAGUAUCUGAACCCUUGAUGACAGGAAUUUCUAGCCUCUAUUAUUCUUCAUAAGCCAUCUGUAAAUAACUUUGCAUAAGGUUAAUGCUGUCUAGUUAAUGAAAUCUGUUCAUAGCCUGAUGAUAUCAGUUAAAUACACAGUCUAGUAGUUGUGUCACAAACUUGAAGUACUUUUUCUUUUUUUGCUAUCACUGGGCUUUACUGCUCUGAGCUUUUUUCAAUAGAAAUAAGUAUAUAUGUAUAUAGAGAGAGGGAGAGGAAAGAGAGAGACAGAGAGACAGACCACAGCACCAGAGCUUCAUCCAUCGCCAUGGGGGCCAAGCUCAAACUUGGACUGUAUAUGUGACAAAAAAAGUGCACUCUCCAGGUGAGCUCUUUUACCAGCCCUUGAAACAGUUUUUCUUUAGGGCUGGAGAUAGUUAACUGCGCAGAAGAGAGAAUAAGCUUUAAGUUCAAAGUUAUAAAAAAAAUUAUAGCUCUUAAUAGUCAUUCCAUUUAGCUUUCAAAUUAGUUUCUUGAAUCUUGCCCAUACUAAAAGUGUGUUACAUAGACUACGGAAUAAACUUGGUGAACAUUGAACAACAUGUUUACAGCAUCCUUUCUUCAGAACUCUACAUCACUGAAAUAUAAAAAUCUCUGUUCACUGAGUAAAUCUAGCAUUAUUAUAGGCUUCAGAUUUAUUCAGUGUUCCAUUAUGGUUACUGAAAGAACCCUUCAGAAAGCACCAUGGAAUGAAGGAGGAAGAUGUAAAGACAUUUUUCCCAUAUCUGUGAGGAUACAGUGUUUCAAAUUGCUUUGAGAAAUUUAGUAGUUACUUUUUAUUUUAGCUUGUAUGUCAGAAUGUUAUUUGCAUAUUAAAUGUUUACCACAAUCUCUAAUUUUAAGACUUUUCAAGAAGAAACAUUAUAAAUGGGUUGGACGAAGGGAAUAGACUUUUAUUCAUGCUGUGUAUUUUUCAUAUGCUUGUAGACAUUUUCUGUUUCAGAUUGCCACUGACUGAUACUUUUCUGUGGAGACAAUUGUGAUUGUACUGCUAAUGCAAAGGCCAGCAAUUCAAGAUAUUCUAGUGCUUCAUGAAUAAAAUUGAUUUUUUUGUUUAUCAUAUUGAUAGACCAGCUGGGAGGAUAGACUAAUAAUUAAAUGUUUGCUACACCAACAUUUUCUAUCACAGACAUUUCAGAAGUAUAUUUGCUCUAUAGCAUGAUAAGCAUGGACAAUUAAUGGAAUAAAAUUUCAUUAACCUU